AGGAGGAACAUGUGGCUUCAGCAAAUCAGAUAAGUAGACAGGAGCCAGACCAUUUAAAGAUUUAAAAACCAAUAAAAGGACUUUAAAACGAACCCUAAAUUCAAUGGGAACCCAAUGCAAGGAAGCCAGAACCGGAGUGAUGUGAUCGUUGAAUCGUGAAUGUUGAACUCUCUUCCACGAGACUAGACUGCCUAAUGAGGAAUGACACUGGUCUUCCAUCUCACUCUAACGUCAGGGCGAUUCGCCAGAAAUACCUGAAGAGCUGGUUCCUCGUGGACUUUGUGUCAUCCAUCCCGGUGGAUUACAUCUUCCUAAUAGUGGACAGUCUGGACUCAGAGGUCUACAGGAUGGCCAGGGCGCUGCGGAUAGUCCGCUUCACCAAAAUCCUGAGCCUGCUUCGGCUCCUGCGCCUGUCCAGGCUCAUCCGCUACAUCCACCAGUGGGAGGAGAUCUUCCAUAUCACCUAUGACCUUGCCAGUGCUAUGGUAAGGAUAGUAAAUCUAAUUGGCAUGACGCUGCUGCUGUGCCACUGGGACGGCUGUCUCCAGUUUUUGGUCCCCAUGCUGCAGGACUUCCCUCCUGACUGCUGGGUUUCUAAGAACGUGAUGGUGGGUUUUAUGGAGUAUUUGUACCUGUUUUAUGGCUACUACAACAUCACAGAGAUGCCAAACAGGAACUUCUCCUAUAACAUCUCUCUUGCCUACAUCCUCACUGCUGUCUUCUACUUUGCCUUUUGUCUCAUCUGCAUCGUAACAUGGAUGGGGACUGCAGCUUGAGUUGCUGUGGCAACGGGAAGCAGCAUGAUUGUGUUCACCGGAUGGGUCUAUGGUUGCCUGGGAGACAGAGCUACCAAACUGAAGCAAAAAAACAUCCUCUACCAGCUGCAGGUGGAUCUGGAGAAGGAGAGUCGAAAGAGACACGAGGCUGAUCUGUCAACAUCAAAAAAAGUGAUUUUAUACUCUCUGCGUGUUUUAAUGACUGUUCUUUCACUUGGGUUCAUUGGAGGAGCUUUCUACGGCAUCUGUGAGGCCACAAAGUUCAGCCAGGUAAACGAUGUAAAAAUAAUGAUGCCAACAUGAUCUUGAAGCUCUGGGUGACCAUCUCCCAUUUCUGCUAAACAGAAAAGGACUUUUAAGGAAGAGGAAGAAAUCGUUCAAUUGAUUAUUCUGUAUCUCCCAUCCAUGGUCAUCACUGCCGGAAACUUUGUGGUGCCUCUGCUGUGUGACAAGCUCGCCUUAGUAGAGCAAUACUCCCGCAGCACUACUAUCAUAUUGGCUCUCUUAAGGCACUGUCUCUGUUUGGUGAGUCUGGGUGUUCUCCUCUACACUCUGUCUAGUUGGAUCACCUGCGACGUUGACGAGUUUGAAGGAAGCUGUACACUGUGCGAGUACAACUACAAUGAAUUCCAAGUAAUUGUAUUACUUGAUGUGAUACAUGCUGUACUGAUCUUCAUUUUUAGAGCAUAACAGCACGGAGAGAGUCCUAUAAGACAGACCUUCUGUUGUUUGUGUAUAAGUUCCCUGUCUGGAUCAAGACUUUUCUGGGUAAAUUAAGCACGACCCCUUGAAGCCUUCGACAUGCAAAAGAAAAACUGACAGAAUAAUUUAAUUGGAAACUCAUUUACACUCUGUUUGUAUUUUAAAAAGUCAUAAAUAAUAAUGAUAAAGCAUGUCAGGUGUUGGGUCUAAACUCAGACCCCGCUGAUCUAGGGACUUAUUCCCGUGAAGGAAAAACAAGGCAACAGCGGUCGAUCGAUUUACUUGCGCAAGGGAGGCCUCGUCGGUAUCUCAGGAACGCACUUCGAAUCCUACCACAAAAUGGUAGACUCCGGCCUCCGCUCACUGCCUUUUAUUGGAAGGUACUUUUUAUAGCAUAAAGAUAUGAGUCGUAUUAAUGCGAAUGCAUGCUGGAUAUAUGAAUACUGGUCAAUCAGUCUUGUGUUCAGCUAUGUAGUGUUUUUGUGUGUGUGUGGUAGGCUUGUGGUGGAUAACUGUUCCUGUAAGCCUGUUCAGUGGGUGGAGCGGCAGGAGUUUGUGGUUCCCUCCAAUGUGCUCGGGCUGGUUUAUGGUCAGACCGUGGUCUGGGUAGGAGCUCUCUUUUGCCCUCUGCUGCCCGCCAUCAACACCUUGAAGUUUGUCAUCCUGUUUUACUGCAAGAAGAUAACACUCUUCGAAGACUGUCGGCCAGCGCUGAGGACGUUUCGUUCCACCACCUCCACCUUCUUUUUCCUGUUGGUGCUGCUGUUUGGAUGAGGCUUGGCAACAGUUGUCAUGAUUUACAGUCUCUAUGAGAUCCAUCCCUCUUACGGUUGCGGUCCUUUCCAUUCAUCCAGUACCAUGUGGUCGACUGUUCCCGAUUCUCUCCACAAUCUCUCUGAAGUCACAAAGGAGUUUCUCUUCUUCGUCGGCUCCCAGGCAUUCUCCAUCCCUCUUUUUGCAUUAUCAAUUGUGGUGAUGUGCUAUGUCGUAGCUUUAGCAACUGUCUAUGGGAGAAGCAUUGCACUGCUAAAAGCUCAGCUUAAACUGGAGAGCCGUGACAAACAGUUCCUGAUCAAGCAGAUUGAGAGCCUGAGUCGGCAAGCUCACAUACUGACACAUCAUGCAGGAGUACAAGACUGAACACGACAUAUGGGACCCUGGAGAAAAACAAAAAGAAAGGCAAGAUCUUUUAAGGACAGUCGGCAGGACCACCCCAACUCAAGAAAGUUUUGUUUGCCAAUGUUGCCAGUCAGGACACCAGUGUGUGGCUCUGAUAUUACCCCACCUCCUCCCGAUCUUCCUCUAUCCUCCCCUCUUCAGGACCCUGGAGAAAAACAAAAAGAAAGGCAAGAUCUUUUAAGGACAGUCGGCAGGACCACCCCAACUCAAGAAAGUUUUGUUUGCCAAUGUUGCCAGUCAGGACACCAGUGUGUGGCUCGGCUAUUACCCCACCUCCUCCCGAUCUUCCUCUAUCCUCCCCUCUUCUCCUCUCCCUCUUCUUCUGUCCCUGCUCUGUCUGCCAGCACAGCCGUGCUCCUGCUCCCAGCUGCUAGAGGGUGCAUGUAAGGCCAGAACAGCCUCUGCAGAGCCCCCUGGCUGCCUAAGAACUAGUCAUCAUUAUCUUCUUCAUCAUCCUCAAGGAAUGUUUAUUUCCCAUAUUAUUUUAAUUAUUAUUGUUGAUGUUAUUAUUAUUUUAUUGUUACAAGUAAAUACUGUUCUCCACCCCCAAAUCUGCUGCUUUCUUUCUUCCCAAGGUUGAUUUUAAAUGACUGGGGUGUGUAGAUUUAUCAUUUACCUGCGGCCACGCCAGUGUUUAUCUUUUGCUUUAAUUUUGUGCUGAUUAAAUCGUUAGAGAGUGAUAUGAAAUGCUGAAUAUGGAAUAUGUACCAAUAAUCUUUAUAAAUGGCGGCCAAAUUUCCCCAACCUUUAAACAUCUGUGUUGGCCCGCAGUUUCACAAUCGGUUCAUCCCUACAAAUACCCACAAGUUAAGUCUGUACAAUCAGUUUCUGUUGAAAUACUUGUUUACAGGAAAAGUUAAAGUAUAUGAACAUUUAACCUGACCUUCAAAUGUGUAUCAAAGUAAGUGUUGGAGCUAUUUGUUCUUUAUUUUUAUUAUUUUGAAAUUAGUUAAAGUUUGUUGUUAGCUUACUUAUAUUUUGGGGUUUAUUUACAAGUUUAUUUGUAGGUUAAUAUUUUGUUUCAAUGUUUUGUUUGUUUGAUGUUACCUUGUUAAAUUAGUUAGUGAGAGCUGUAGGGCCAUUUUGUUUCUAUAAAUAAAGAGACUGGUAUAGGACCAGCAUGCACUGGGGUGGGCCUAUGGUUUUUUUUACCAGAGCAGGAGAAGCAGGAGGAAGUAACAAAAAAUGGAUCUUGUUAUUGCUUGCCAAACUGGAUAAAUAACCCAUAAAAACGCAACUUUCAAGUUUGGACAGUGGACUUCUUUUGCCUGCGUACGAAAUAUUAUCUCAGUGCAGUAGUGGCUUGUGGACUUUUAAUUGUGGGAUGUUUGGUCUGUCAAACAAAAGCAAUUGCCACUACAGUAAGAAAAGGACAAGGCAUUAACGAAUCCUUUCUGUUUUGGUUUUGAGUGUACCUGUUAAACCUGUAACCCUCGUCCCAUCAGCGCAGCAGGCUAGAACACCAGUUUUGUGAAGGAAACAUAAACAUAAAAGAAUGCUUUUUUUUAUUUUUAUUAUUAUAGCCCCUCAAUUAAAACACGUGCUCUGGUAAUUUUGAAUUAUUAAAUGAUUUCUAUAAUGACAAUAUAGGAGACUGUUUUACCACUAGGUGUCGCUCUGUGCACUUUAAGUGUUAGGGCGAUUUUCAAUGGCACUAAAUGUGAUAUUUUAUACAUUAAAUAAUAUGUACAGACUAUAAAAGUUGAAUGGAGACAAAUCACACGGAUGGAAAUGUAGUUUUUCUCUCCGAUCUUCAGCCUUGAAUCGACGCCGGGUCACAGAGCUCCUGCGGGGAUGAAACCAACAGUUGACCAGGCAGAUGUAAGCUGAUGUGAGUGUAGAUUUAUGAAAGUGUUAAUCCCAAGAGCUUCUCUUCCCCAUCAGACCCACAAAGGUUUGAAAUUUUUGCCCUAGAAAGAAAAACAGCAUUUCA